AUGACACAGCCCUCCGGCCCCUCUGGUCCCUCUGGUCCUGUGUUGGACUUGGACCGAUGCCCGGUGCUGAGGGAUAGCGCGACCCGGUCUCCUAGGCGACGUCGUGACGGGAAGAGGCCGCAGCGACAGGGGGGCGGUCACCAGCAGCUGCUCCGAGAGGGCCGCGGGUUACCGGGACAACACGAGCACUUGAAGGCCUGUGGAUCUGAGAGCGACACAGCGGAAAGUUCUCCUAAGAGGAGAGCGCACUUCCUUCAUGGACCAUAUCCAGCCACUCACUUUGGACCCAAGGCCUGUAUUCUUCCCAACCCAACUUCAAUCAUGCAUAUCCAGGACCCGGCCAGUCAGCGCCUCACCUGGAACAAGCCUCCGGUGAACGUCCUGGUGAUCCGGAAGAUCCGCGAUGAAAGCCUUGCAGAGCCGUUCAAGGAGCUCUGUCGCUUUCUUGUGGAGGAGAAGCAAAUGAUGGUUUAUGUGGAGCGCCGGGUGGCAGACGAUGCAACGCUCGCAAACGACGAGACUUUUGGGUCAAUACGAAAUCAGCUGUGCACUUUCAGAGAGGGUUUUGACGACAUCUCAGACUGCAUUGACCUGAUCAUUUGUCUGGGAGGAGAUGGGACCCUGCUUUACGCCUCCUCCCUCUUCCAGGGCAGUGUUCCUCCUGUUAUGGCGUUCCAUCUGGGCUCAUUGGGCUUUCUUACACCUUUCAAGUUUGAAUCCUACAAAACCGAAGUUGCCAAAGUCUUUGAAGGGAACGCUGCCAUCACGCUGCGCAGUCGUCUGAAGGUGAAAGUGGUGAAGGAGCUGCUGCAGUCCACGCCGUCCCACAACGGCCUCCUGCCCCAAACACACAGCAGCGCCGAGACGGGGAAGGUGUCUCUGCAGCUACAGGUGCUGAAUGAGGUCGUGGUAGACCGCGGCCCCUCCUCGUACCUCUCCAACGUGGACUUGUACUUGGACGGCCGCCUGAUCACCUCGGUGCAGGGAGAUGGACUGAUUGUGUCCACGCCCACCGGGAGCACAGCAUACGCCGCAGCAGCCGGAGCCUCCAUGAUCCACCCCAACGUCCCGGCCAUAAUGGUGACCCCUAUCUGCCCACACUCGCUCUCCUUCAGGCCCAUCGUGGUGCCCGCGGGGGUCGAGCUCAUGAUCACUCUGUCCCCUGAUGCCAGAAACACUGCCUGGGUUUCAUUUGACGGACGGAAGAGGCAGGAGAUCCAGCACGGAGACUGCAUAAAGAUCACCACGUCCUGCUUCCCGGUGCCUUCCAUCUGCUGCUACGACCUGGUCUACGACUGGUUCGAGAGUCUGGCUCAGUGUUUGCAUUGGAACGUGAGAAAGAGACAAGCGCGCCUCACAGACGUCUCCGACUGCUCCGACACCGAGAACUGA